AUGAUCUCAUGGCUUGUUGUGCCUGAAACGAAAGCGGCUGUUCGCAAUACGAACAAGACUGGAAUGGAGCCGAUCGACUACAUUUCAGACAAGAUUGUUCAAUUUUAUAUGACCAAAAGAACUAACUUGAAGAUACUCAUGUAUUUGUUAAAGAUUUUUGGGAUUAUUGUGUGGACUUUGCUGUCUAUAGUCGAGGUGGAGUCGACGGCUCCUAUUUUGAAAGCUUGCGACAUUGGUUGCGUGGAGAGGAGCCCAUCAAGUGAGUUUUGA